UUUUUUCUUUUUCUUUGGUGGAAACCUAUUGCAGACUUUUACAUGCCUGGGCUGGCGCGAUCCUGCUUUUUGCGCGCAGGAUGGAGAGGUGCGCUUCGGUACCUGUGUUGUCCGUGUUGAAAUCUGCCUGCCAACCACCCUGCCUGCCCACAAUCAGUGUGGCGCAAAAAACUUCCUGUCGCCUAUAUUGAGAGGCUUUCCUGGUGCGUGUGUGUUGGUGUGUAUGAAUGAAUUUCAUUCUGUUGCAUAAUACUGCUGCUGCUUUGGGAGACUUCCUAUUUCGCCUUCCUACUCCCCUCUCUGCGUGUGGGUUUAUGGAAGCGCGCUUGGGAGUGAACGGAAUGGCAAUUUGCAAAGUAGCGCCGAGCGCCUCUCCCCUCCCUCCCUCUCCUCCUCCACGCCCCCCCCCAACAUCCGUCGUUCUCCUUUUCCCUCUCUCUGCAUAGCCUGCAGAUGACAAAAGAGGGCAGAAACUUCCUCUUACUUUGCUCGAAUAUCCAGAGGGUGGGUGGGUUCUCUUCCCCCCCCCCCCGUGCUGGAUGAAUUUCUCUCUGCAUCUGUGAACAUUUCCUCCCCGGAUUGAAGGGGGGUGCGCCCCAAGGAGCAGACUUGAGAGACAGCAUGCAGUUGAAGACAAGCCUUGUACAUUCAUAUAGCCCUGCUAAGAUUUUCCUGCUGUUUCCCUACAGAAGUCUGUGAUCCUGCCUAGAAAGGCGGUGGGGGGGGCACCUCCUUUCACACCAAGUGGGGAAAAACAAAACACAAGAUUUCUUCUCGGAAGGAAAGUACGCAGAGAUGCCAGGGAUGGUCAGUAAAAACCCAGACCUCGAAUUCGACUCCCUGCAGCCUUGCUUCUACCCGGACGAAGAUGAUUUUUAUUUGUGCGGUCCUGACUCUGCUCCCCCGGGAGAGGACAUCUGGAAAAAGUUUGAGCUACUGCCAACACCUCCCUUGUCCCCCAGCCCGGCAGGUCUGCAAGAAAACCCCCCCGGGGGAGCCCCCGUUUCAAGUUGGGGCGGGGCGGGGACUCUAGGGGGGUUCCGAACCGGCGACCCUCUGGACUGGGCUUCGGAAUUGCUGCUGUUGCCCCCGGAAGCGGACCUGUGGGGCGGCGGUGACGACGGAGGGGACUCCUUCGAGACCGGCCUGGGGGAGAACAGCAACCUGAACGCCAUCAUUAUCCAGGACUGCAUGUGGAGCGGCUUUUCCGCCAGCGAGAAGCUGGAGAGGGCAGCGGCCAACGAGAAGCCGCAGAGCAAAGGAGGAACAGCUGUCGCGCCUGCCGCAGCUGGGUCUACAGCCCUCUCUGCUGCCGCCGCUGCUGCAACCACCACCGCCGUCGCCAGCAGCUCUGGGAACAAUGGCAGCAGCAGCCAGGCGCAGCUCAACAACUCUGUAUCGGAGUGCGUGGAUCCAGCCGUGGUUUUCCCCUUCCCGAUGACCAAGAGGGAGCCGGCAGCUCCUGCUGCAGCGGCUGGGAUCCGGGUGAACCUUGGCAGCGAGGCGGUUCCAGGGGUGGCAGCUCCUGCUCAGCACAGCGGCUGCCACCCAAGCGCAGCCAGUGACAGCCGGACCGGCAGCAGCUCUGGCGAUGACACGCUCAGCGAUUCCGAUGAAGAUGACGAAGAAGAGGAGGAGGACGAGGAAAUUGACGUGGUCACCGUGGAAAAGAGGCGGUCCUCAUCCUACAAGGCUGUGACCACCCUCACGAUUGCGAUGCGCCCCAAAAACACCACCUCUUUUGCCUCCGUGAGAACUCAGCCAAACGAAGUCAUCCUAAAGCGCUGUGCUCCUAUUCACCAGCAGCAUAAUUACGCCGCGCCUUCGCCUUACAUCGAAAGCGAGGAGGUGCCGCCCCAGAAAAAGCUAAAAACUGAGCUUCCCCGUCCCGUCAAAGCCAUGACCCAACAUAAGGCCAAGAGCUCCAGUCCUCGAAGCUCCGAUUCGGAAGACAGCGAGCGCCGGCGUAACCACAACAUCUUGGAGCGCCAGCGGCGCAACGACCUGAGGUCGAGUUUCCUCACGCUAAGGGACCAUGUGCCGGAACUGGCGAAAAACGAGAAAGCGGCAAAAGUCGUCAUCUUGAAAAAAGCCACCGAGUACGUUCAUUCGCUGCACGCCGAGGAGCACAAGCUGUUGCUAGAAAAGGAAAAACUGCAAGUCAGACAACAGCAGCUGAUGAAAAAAUUGGAGCACAUGCAGACUUGCUAAGAACAAAAAAACAAAAAAGAGAUAUUAAAAAAAAAGUAACAGCGUUGGUUUUUUUGUUUUUUGUCUGAUCUGGACAGCCACUGCCACUUUGCACAUUUUUGAUUCCUUAAAGAGAGUUAUGUUUUUUGACGUUAAGAAUGUUGGUUUUACUUUCAAUCCAGUCUCCGAAUUGGAAGAGACUGCCAAACCGUGAUGGGGGAUGCCUUUUGUAUUUCCUCUUAGAACUGUAUACGUUCUUUAUAAACGUUGUGAGCCUUUGGAUCUGCUUAUGACAUCCAGUUGAGUUUGGAAAUAUUCAUUCCUUUUUAAAUGGUGCUUCUGUUCUACCAGGUGUUAUGGGGCAAAACCAUUUUGUACCCUGGGGCGGGGGGGGGGGGAGGCGGGGAGAGAGUGGGGAACAAGCCACACCUCUGUAAAUAAAAUACACACCCACACUUGCCUUUUGUACAUGUCUUGGGUUAUGAGAGGUGACUUUUUGCUACCAAUAUUAGACUGGAAGUUCAUACCUAAGUACUGUAAUACCUCAAUGUUUGAGGAGCAUGUUUUUGUAUGCAAAUAUAUUGUUAAUCUCUGUUAUGUACUGUACUAAUUCUUACACUGCCUGUAUACUUUAGUAUGACGCUGAUACAUAACUAAAAUUUGAUACUUAUAUUUUCGUAUGAAAAUGGUUGUGGAAAGUUUUGAGUAGAUAUUACUUUAUCACUUUUUUGAACUAAGAAAACUUUUGUAAAGAAAAUUUACUAUAUAUGCCUUUUUUCCUAGCCUGUUUCUUCCAGUUAAUGUAUUUGUUAAUGUUUGUUGCAUAGAACUGGGUAAUUGCAAAGUUCUGUGUUUAAUUUCUUCCAACGAUGUACAUUUAGUGCUGCAUCUUUAUAGCACUUUGAAAUACCUCAUGUUUAUGAAAAUAAAUAGCAGUUAAAUGA